UGAGGAGGCUGGUGGAGGAGGAAGGCUGCCUCAUGCCGCCGGGCUUUACCGGGAAUUUAAAAAAAGAGAGAAAAUCAAUCUGACGGUUCCGGAAGGAGGAAUUAUUACGCAGCAAAAUGCAUCUUCUGUGCGUGUGGAUGCUGAUGGCGACUGUGCAGGUCGGUGCUGUGGGCGGGGAGGCCGAGCGGUCGUCGUCAAGCAAGCAGGGGUCGUUGCCAUGCACGAGGGGCUUUACACAGGAGGAAUACAUCAUCGAAAUGGACCAAGAGCUGGCAAAGGGACAGGCUGUCUUCAACGUGAGCUUCAUGGACUGCAGAGCCGGGAAGGUGUGGUUCAAGGUUGGAGAUUCAUCUGACUUCAGCGUGACUGAGGAAGGUGUGGUCUACGCCCUGCGGCGCCUGAGCCUGGAGGGAAAAGAGAAGGACGUAGUGGUGGUCUACGCUCACGACCCGCAGUCCAGUCAGGUGUGGAAGGCCAGAGUGCACCUCCACGUGGGUCCAACCCACAGCAGCACUGGACCCCAACAGGUAAAGCCCAGUGAUGCAACACUGACUCAGCAGGUACCAGAGAUCUCGUUUCCAUGGCGCAGCGUGGUUGUCAGGGGUGAUGGCACUCUGAGGCGGGUGAAGAGGGACUGGGUCAUUCCGCCUAUCAACGUCCCCGAGAACUCACGAGGACAGUUCCCCGAGGACCUGGUCAGGAUCCGCUCGGACCGGGAUAAGAACCGGAUGCUGCGUUACAGUGUGACGGGCCCUGGGGCCGAUCAGCCUCCGACUGGCAUCUUCAUAAUCAACCCCAUCUCAGGCCAGCUGUCGGUCACCAAGCCCCUGGACAGAGAACACAUCUCCAACUUCCACCUGCGGGCCCAUGCCGUGGACCUGAACGGGAAUCAGGUGGAGAACCCCAUCGACAUCGUCAUUAACGUCAUCGACCAGAACGACAACCGACCAGAGUUCACACACACCAUCUUCAAUGGCUCCGUUCCUGAGGGAUCCAAGCCUGGAUCUUUCGUGAUGACCGUGACAGCGGUGGAUAAGGAUGAUCCCAAAACCGCCAAUGGCAUGCUGCGAUAUAAGAUCCUUUCCCAGAAUCCCCAGAGCCCCUCCUCCAACAUGUUCACCAUUAACAACAAGACCGGUGACAUCAUCACUGUGGCUGCAGGCCUCGAUCGGGAGAAAGUCACCCAGUACACCCUGAUCAUCCAGGCCACGGACAUGGAGGGAAACCCCACGUACGGCCUCUCCAACACCGCCACCACGGUCAUCAGGAUCACUGACGUCAACGACAAUCCGCCCGAGUUCACCACGGACACAUUCUUCGGGGAGGUGCACGAGAACCGGGUGAACGUGAUCGUCGCCAACCUGACGGUGACCGACAAGGAUCAGCCUCACACUUCAGCCUGGAGCGCCGUGUACCGCAUCAUCGCCGGAGACCCCACAGGACGCUUCUCCAUCCCCACUGACCCCACCACCAACGAGGGCCUGCUCACCGUGGUCAAGCCCGUGGACUUCGAGCUGACCCGUUCCUUCAUGCUGACCGUGGAGGCGGAGAACGAGGUCCCCCUGGCCCGCGGCAUCCACCCGCCCCGACAGUCCACGGCAACCGUCUCUGUGCGAAUCCUGGACAUCAACGAGAGUCCAGAGUUCAGCCCAAACCCCAAGUCCAUCAAACUGGAGGAGGGCCUGCCUGCCGGCUCUCUGCUCACCACCUUCACCGCCCAGGACCCCGACCGCUUCAUGAGGCAGAGCAUCCGGUACUCCAAGAUGUACGACCCUGCCAACUGGCUGGAGAUUGACCCGCUUAACGGACGAAUUUCCACCAUCGCCAUCCUCGACCGAGAGUCUCCCUACAUCAAGAACAACCUCUACAACGUCACCUUCAUGGCCUCCGAUAACGGCAUCCCCCCGGCCAGCGGGACGGGCACGCUGCAGAUGUACCUGCUGGACAUCAACGACAACGCGCCUCACGUGUUCCCUCCUGAGGUGGAAAUGUGCGAGCGGCCGGAUCCCAACGCCAUCAACAUCACGGCCAGUGACCCCGACCUGACCCCCAACGCCGGACCCUUCGCUUUCGAGCUGGCCAAUCGUCCGUCAGAUGUGCGUCGCAACUGGACCCUCAGUCGCCUCAAUGGUGAGUACGCCCAGCUUCGACUGCGGAUCGGCUCCCUGGCCAGCGGCAUCUACGAGGUUCCCAUCAUGAUCACCGACUCCGGCAACCUGCCCAUGUCCAACACGUCCUACCUGAGGGUCAAGGUCUGCCAGUGCGAUCACCAUGGAGACUGUGUGGACAUGGAGCGGAUCAUCGCCGCCGGACUGGGGACGGGAGCCAUCAUCGCCAUCCUGCUCUGUAUCAUCAUACUGCUCGUGCUGGUGCUGCUCUUUGUGAUGUGGAUGAAGAGGAGGGAUAAGGAGCGGCAGGCCAAGCAGCUCCUCAUCGACCCAGAGGACGACGUUCGAGACAACAUCCUCAAAUACGAUGAGGAGGGAGGCGGAGAGGAGGACCAGGACUACGAUCUGAGCCAGCUGCAGCAGCCUGAUGCCCUGGAGCCAGAGUGCGUCAAAGUGGGGAUCAGACGUCUGGAUGAGAGGCCCCUCCAUCAUGACCACCAGUACCCCCUCCGCUCUGCCGCCCCCCACCCAGGAGACAUAGGAGACUUCAUCCACGAGGGCCUGAAGGCGGCGGACAACGACCCCACCGCUCCCCCCUACGACUCCCUGCUGGUGUUCGACUACGAGGGCAGCGGCUCCACCGCCGGCUCCCUCAGCUCCCUGCACUCCUCCUCCAGCUGCGGAGACCAGGAUUACGACUACCUCGGCGACUGGGGGCCACGCUUCCGCAAGCUGGCCGACCUGUACGGCGGAGAGGAUGAUUAGCGCCCUGGCCCCUCCCCCUACCAACGACAACACUCUCCCCACCCUUGCUCGAGGCUCAGGCGGUGGGUGGGGUUAGGAAGACAAAACGGGAUAAACAUGGGGUUCGGAUCGGCACUUGUGUAUUUCCACGGGACAGCUUGUAAAGAGACUCGCUGCCUCUUGAGGGGACAGUUGGUGACACUCGGGACCAUGCUGACUCCUGGCCUUUGUGAGGCUGGGCACUGGCUAGCAUUCAGGCUAAUGGACAUCAUCUGAGCGUUAGCCCCCGUGCUAACAAACGCGAGCAGCCAGAACAAUGCGCUCAGAGGUUAUGUUGUCUCUGUGAUGGUUGAGAGCUACGACAGCCAUGCUACAGACGCUCAUUUACACUUGAAUCUUUACAGUACAGCAGCACUGGGGUCAAAUGUGCCUUUUUGUACAUUCUUUUGAUUGUGUUCAGUCUCGAUUCUGUAUGUUGCUUUCAAGCUCCUGGUGUUUUGCAACUGCAACUUGGAGGAGCACUUUGCCAUAAUGAGCGCAUGUGUGUGUGUGUUUGGGUUCCACCUCAUUACUUGUGUGUGUGUGUAUGUGAGCGUGUGUGUGAAUCAUUUCCACAGAGACACACUGGAUGGAUUCUCUAAAGGGCAACGCCGACUAUGAGAGGCCUUGGAUGAUCCUACCAGCAAAACAACUCGGCUUUACUGUGCAGCUCUGGGUCACAAGGUCAAAGCUAAAUUAGGGUUUGAUGAGACGUUUUGUCUUUUAAUGAGUCACAUGUGACAGAAGCUCAACCUAUAAAUAUAUAUACACACCUUC